AUGCACGUCUACUUGCAGGAUGCGCCUCGCGUGAUCGCACUCGUCUCGGGUGACAUUGACGCAUCCACCAACGGCUACGCAUCCGAAAAGCUCGCUUCUGCAACAGCCAUCCUCAUCUCGACGCAAGUAAAUCCAAUCCAAAACGACAAUGCAUCGGUGCUCGCAGGUUCCCAUGCGGCCAAUCCCGUUUCCACCGCCAAGGCAGUAGUAGAAGUCGUCAAGGAGCAAGAAAUACAAGCCCUCACGCUACAAAGGCUCACUGCAAAGUCCAUAUACGGGUCUCUUGGCCUCAUCAAUGUCGGCCAGGACCUCUUCGUGGCUGUUGUCACCUCGGCCCAGGAGGUCGGCGCAAUUCGACCAGGCGAGACGGUGAUGCGCAUUACUUCGGUCUCCUUCUACUGCGUCAAUCGCUCGACAUGGGACGAAACGCUUAUAUCGGAAGCUCCAGGCUCGCAGCCGGAGAUGCACGACUCGUAUGGGCCGGGUCAUGAAGGUGCUGUCACCCAGCCAAGUGUCUACGAGCAUCCGUGCACCAGUCUGAAGAAGUUUUUGGGCACUGGCACUUUCUACUUUGCCCAGGGCGGAACCUUCGAUCUUUCGACUCGCCUCAGUAAACGGCUUGCCGAUGCCGCCAGGGCACAAAAGUCGGGUCACGACAUUGCGCAGUACGACGGACGCUUUGUAUGGAACAAUUACAUGAUCGAACCGCUCAUUCACUUUCGCGAACGACUCGACAGAGCCCAUCGUGCUAGAUUGGACGAUGGCUGCUUCCUGCUACUGGCGAUACAAGGAUUUGUAGGCACUUUCAAGGUGCCUCUUUCUCCAGCAAGUGAACCAACGUUUGGAGCUUCUCCUGCAGCUUCGGCGACCAUAGCAACUCUGGCCUUGAUCAGUCGUCUCAGCUGGAAGAGGGCAGGUACACGCUUCAACACCCGCGGAGUUGACGAUGACGGCAAUGUUGCCAACUUUGUCGAGACCGAGACGCUCUUCAGCAACGGUAACGUCACAUUUGCCUAUGACCAAGUCCGUGGCUCGGUCCCACUCUUCUGGGAGCAGCAAGGCCUUCAAGCCUUCAACGCAAAAAUCCAGAUCACUCGCUCGCGUGGCGCUUCGCAGCCCGCCUUCGAUCGCCACUUUGCUGACCUUAUUUCUCACUACUCUCGUAUUCAUGCCAUCAAUCUUCUAGGCACACGCGAUGCAGAGACGGUCCUCACUUCAGCUUACGCAGAGCACAUGCGACACAGUGCGGCGGAAAAGAUAGCUGUCCUUCCUCCGGACGAAUCAGCUUCAUUGAAGGACGACGUUGUCCUAGAUGACGGUUCCGAGCGCCUCGGCCUGACCAAUUUCGACUUCCAUACAGUUUCACGUAACACGGGUGGCAUUGAUGGUGUCCGCAGUGAUCUCCGCUAUCUCGGUCCUGUGCAGCUUAAGCGCAAGGCAUUCGGGUAUUCGGUCAUUGACUCGGCCACCGGCCAGGUGCUUCGGCGCCAAAAGGGCAUCUUUCGGACCAACUGCCUCGACUGCCUGGACCGCACGAAUGUGAUCGAAGAUAUGCUCUCACGCUCCAUGCUGGACACGAUGUUCGAAGCUGCUGCGAAUCGCGACACCUCCUACCAAGCAUUUCAAGACCCGAAUCAUUCGAUCUGGGUCUCUCAUCGUGUGCUCUGGGCAGAAAAUGGCGAUGCGCUCUCCAAGAUCUAUGCUGGCACAGGCGCUCUCAACACAAGCUUCACCAGAACCGGCAGGAAGACGCUCGGCGGUCUUCUAAGCGACGCAGCAAAGAGUGCAGGUCGAAUGUACAUCAACAAUUUCCAGGACAAGAACAAGCAAAACGUCAUCGAUGCGCUCCUCGGUAACAUGGCCAAUCAAAAACCGGUGACUGUGUUCGAUCCUGUGCUUGAAAGCGUCACCGCAGAGCUCAAUGCUAGGGUCGACGAAUAUUCCUCUAGUCGCGAUAUUUCCAUACAUGUCGGCACGUACAACCUCAACGGAAAACUCCCUGGCGAGUCUCUCAUUCCAUGGCUAUUCCCCGAUGGCGAGGAUCGAGAGCCCGACAUCUUUGCCAUAGGAUUCCAAGAGAUUGUGCAGCUGACGCCGCAGCAGAUCCUCAUGACUGAUCCGGACAAGAUUCGUACCUGGGAGGCCAAGAUCAUGGAAACAAUCGCGCGGAGAAGCGGCGGACGCUCCCGCUACGUUCUGCUUCGCAGCGAACAGCUCGUAGGAACUGCACUCGUGAUUCUCAUCAAAGAAGAGCUCAUCAACGAUGUCCGGCUCGUCGAAGCCGCGACGCGUAAGACGGGUCUCAAAGGUAUGAGCGGCAAUAAAGGAGGCGUCGCAAUCCGCAUGGAUUACUUCGACACUGCCAUCUGCUUUGUCACCGCCCAUUUUGCUGCAGGCCAUUCCGCGUGGGAAGAGAGGAACGCCGACUAUUGGACCAUCACACGUGGUCUCUCGUUCGCACGCGGCAAGACUGUUGGCAGUCACGACCAUGUCAUCUGGCUUGGUGACUUCAACUAUCGCAUCGAUCUAACAAACGACGCUGUUCGCUCUAUGCUAGCGCGCGAGGACCUUGUUGGGCUCUAUUCACGGGACCAGCUUCAUCGCAGCAAAGACGCCGGCGAAGUGUUCCCUGGGUACGAGGAAGGGUCUAUCACGUUUGCACCCACCUACAAGUAUGACAACGGUUCUGACCAGUACGAUUCAUCUGAAAAACAGCGAAUCCCCGCGUGGACCGAUCGCAUCCUGUUUCGCGGGCUUGACCUACGUCAGCUGAGCUAUUCGCGGGCCGAGCUGAGGACCAGCGACCACAGACCCGUUUAUGCCAGCUUUGUUGGGCCCGUCCGCAUCGUGGAUCAUCUGAAGCGCAACGAAAUACGGAAGCAGCUACUGCAGGCGAACAAGGCCGUCAUCGGACUCGCGGGCGGAGGAGACGAGUCAUCGGAUUGUUCCGACGACGAAAGUCUCCCCGAUCCUUCUGAUGAACACCAGCAAUGGUGGAACCAGUCGAUGUCCAUGUCCGAAGGUGACAGUAGUGAAGACGAGAGUCUUGGGCUCUCGAAUCCUUUCCGCCAAGAUAAUGCGGAGGGUCCAAAGUGGACGCAGAAUUCCUCCCAAGUUGCCACCAAAUCUCGAACCACGAAGCUGUCGCUUGGUAGCAGAGCAGGCUCGGAACGCGCUCCUGAGCGAAUUAGCUCAACACCGGCUUCUCCUACUCUAACAUCAAGCACCAAUGAGGCUAGCCCGGCCUUUGCGGGAGCGCCUUUGCAUAAAACGAUAUCGACGUCGCCCACCGUUGGCAGGAGGAUUGUUUCAGGACCUGCAAUGCUGGCCAACGGACGAUCUGCUCCACCUCCAAUCCCCACCAAGCCGACGACUGCGGCAACUAGCAUCAGUGGGAGCGGUGCGACUUUGCCGGCAUGCUCAAAGUCGUCGUCUCCUGCGCCACCGGAGUUGCCCAAGAGACCUGGCAUGGGUUCGCGAUCUACGUCCUAUUCAUCGGUCAAGUCUCGCAAGAGUCUCUUGGACGAUAGCGAUUGA